AAUUUUCUACGUAUCCACAUGUAAUAUGAAUUAGCUAAAUAUAUUAUUACAAUAUGCUGCAAAAAAUCUCGUUCACACAAUUCUGAUACCAAAGUAAUUUGCUACAAGGGCUGCGCGCUCGAAAAACGAACCACUACCUGCCCUCUCCUUUCCAUUUCCUUCUUUCUCGUAUUUCUAUCUAUCCUACGCGAUUUCCCUUCGAAUAGAAAUCCGCCAUGAAGGGCGGGGAGGGAGAGGAUUGCGGAGGGCAUCAAUGGUACAGAAGGUAAGUACCAAGGGUAUUCCUUUGUAUCAGGGUGGUAAUUUUCUCCCCACCAUUGGGGCGAAGUCUAUAAAUACCAGAGGACGGAUUACCUGGCCGACACUUGCCUGCGAAAGUCUCGGAGAAGAGAAGUAAGUCCACGGUUCUGACACAACACUUGGUGAAAUUACAUACAUUAAGAUUCCAGUGGGUGAAAAAGGUAACAGUUUGUGCCAAAAUGUCGCGGAAAAUUUAGAAAUGUUUUUAGAUAUUUUCAAAAUUUUCAAGUGAGCGGGAGUAAAUAUUAACGAGCUUCAACAUUCUAUUGCAACUACUUGCUCUGGCCGCAAUGAAGACGUACGACAAAUUGUACCAGCGCUACUUUCCACAAUUUAUCCCAGUGAGGUUUAUGAUUUGUGUCAUGAUGUUUACCGCAUGCUGGACAUCCUACAUGGCUCGUCUCCAAAUGCCAAUUCUUGUCGUUCCAAUGACUGCAUCAAAAAAUGGUUCGUCUAGAAGUGGUUACUGCGACAAGGAGGCCAGCGAACCAUCUCGUGAAAGAAGAGCAAUCUGGUAUGACCCUGAAAACAUUUAUAGCCCCUGGAUUUAUGAAAACGAGGUCCAAGAUGACAGCCUAGACGCUGCAACUCACAAACAGAAUAUUAAUGAACACAAUAUAAGUAAAGCGUUGUCGGGACACAAACUUCGCCGCAGGCGAGAUUUAGAAUUACUUGGUCAGGAGAGAGUCGGCAACGAUGGAUUCACCUUGUUCUCCAAAAGAGUGUUUGAGUGGGACGCCCAAACUCAAGCUCAGCUUCUAUCCUCUUAUGGAUACGGAAAUGCUCCAGGAAAUUUUGUGGGUGGAAUUGUGGCUAUCAAAUGGGGACCAAAGAGAUCUAUUUUUUGGACUACCCUGAUAGCGGCGAUAUUAUCUUUGAUUAGCCCAAUUCUAGCUCAGAUCCAUUGGGGUGUUCUUUGUGUUUCAAGAGUAAUAAUUGGAUUUGCCGGUGGAAUUACAUUUCCUGCUUGUCAUUCAAUGGUAGCGAAAUGGGCACCUCCAGAUGAGAAAAGUAGAUUCGUAUGGUCUCUCCUGGGAGGAAGCUUUGGCACAAUAAUAACGUAUCCAAUGGUUGCUGCCAUAGCAGAUUCAAUUAAUUGGCAAACAGCGUGGUAUCUUCCAUCUUUAAUGAUGAUAGUCUGGGUGAUACUUUGGGCACUGAUAGCAUAUGAUUCCCCUGAGGAGCAUCCUGGUAUUACAGACGAAGAAAAAGAAUACAUUGCACGAUCACAAGCGGGUAUAGUAGGCAAAGAAAAACCAACCUUACGUCAAACUCCAGUGAAGAAAAUAUUGACUUCGGUGCCUUUCAUCAGUUUGGUUUGCUGCCACUUCGGGAACAUGUUCUUACUGUUCUUUUAUCAAAAUUCCAUGACGCAGUAUCUCACAAAAAGUUUAGGAUUCAAAUUAACGAAAGGAGGAGCACUUGCUUCGCUCCCAUGGGCUGGCCGAAUGGUUUUUGGAUUUUUCUUCAGUUGGGUUGGUGACUCGAUCAAGAGACGGAAAUACAUAAGUAUUACAUGGCUGAGGAAACUUGCAACAAUAUUUUCUCACUUAAUUCCUGGAUUAUUCUUGAUCGGCGUAAGUUACGCAGGCUGCAACUUCGUACUGGCUAACUUGUUUCUCGUUCUGAGCUUGGGAUUCAAUGGCUGUGCCGUUAUUGCCAAUCUAUCAAAUAAUCAAGAUUUGUCACCUAACUUUGCUGGAUUUUUAUACGGCAUCAUGAAUACUAUUGGAUGUACUUCAGGAUUCAUCGGACCUCCAAUUGUAGCCACAAUCAUUGGUGAUGAGGAUUCGAUUGAAAACUGGCAGAUCGUUUUUUGGGUUGGCGCAGCGGUGUGCAUAUUCAGCAUGAUAAUUUUUUUCAUCGGGGGAAGCGGAGAAGUUCAACCAUGGAAUGAUGUUACAACACCAGCUGAUGCUCCUGCAACAUCCGUACCUGUUCCAACUGCACAAAGAGCAUAAAUUUUGUGAAUUAAUAUAUUAAUUCAAUGUGGAGUUUACUUUUACCGUAGAAACUUGGCUUUGUUUUCAUCAAAGUCACAAUGUGAUUAAUGUGGGAUUUCAACUGUAUAUGGUGAACAGAUUAUUUCUUUGCCAACCUAACACAUUUCAAAUGAAUCAAAGGUAAUAUCAUACGGUAAAAAAAUGUACGAUCAGACACUAAUAUUGUGUAUUAUUGAUCACUGUUUUAUAUAUGAUUAUAUAGUGUACAUUUAAGAUGAAAAAUAUUUUAGUGAAUUUUCAAACCAUUCAUUUGGCAUUUGAAAAGUUACAAACUAUUGCGCCCAUUAUAAUGACUGUAAAAAUUGUUGCACUGUAUUACAGCAAAUCGAUGUACGGAUUCAAAUAGGAGAUAAUAAUAAAUUCUUAUAGCGUUUAAGAAGUUAAGUAAUAUUACACAAUUAUAUUAUCUAGGCACAAAGAUUUUGUCUGUGAUUUUGAAUAUUUUUACAGAGUAGGUCGUCAGAUAGAAAAGGGAUUCAUAUUUUAUGUCAACAAAUCAUGGUAAAUAUGAAUUUCGUGGUUUUUUAAAUGAAUUUGUAUGAAGUAAUAAGAAAUCUCAUUAAAAGUAUACAGAUGGUGAGGAAACUCAGUUGAAAACUGAUGGAACAAAGUGACUCUGUAGAUAAAUGAGUUGCUUAGAAGCAAUUGUUUUAUGUAAAAUCAAUACUUCUUCAGUUAUUUGUAAUAUACGCUUUGAGAAAGUUGUUUUAAUAAAAUCUUAUUUAAUUCCUUUAUAA